ACAAGGAAGCGGACGUACUAAGGUAACAGGAAGGAGAUAACAAAGCCAGCUAGGAUAAGCAGCAAAACAAACAACCUGCGUUACCCGUCAACGGGACAGUUAAACUAUCCACCUCGUUUUGACGGGUUAAUGUUCAUGCAGGAGGACAGGCUGCUGUCAUGUUGACCGUGGAAGAGCUUCCUUCCUGCAGGCUGAAGAUGUCGGUGGGACUCGCUAGUUCCGCCUGAGCUCAGCUGCUGCUUCACAAGCUGCUGUCGGACACUCAGCCCGGGAGGAUGCAGGGCGUGUCUCAGGACCCCUCACGUGGUGCAGGGGAAGUGGGGGAGCUGGCACACACAUUAUCCAAAGAGACCCCCGGGUCUCCAGAUGCCUCUGAGUUGGGGAGCCCACGGUGCACACAAAACUUUGACCUCCUCAACAUGGUUGUGUCCUAUAAGAGGAUGGCUCUGUUUCUAGAACCAGCUGCAGAUGUUGUGGAGGUGACCCGCUUCCUGCUCGGAUGGAAGAUGCCCCUUUGCUCUCUUUUUGUCUGUUUGUUCCUAAAUGUCUUCUUCUGCACUAUCACUGAAGUGGGUUGGAUCACAGUGGGCGUGGUGUCGGUGGCGUUGCCUGCUGCCCUGGGUUACCUGCAGGACAGGUGUGGGGGCAGAGCUUCAGAUUCAGAGCUUCACAAGAUGCGCUAUCACGCCGUGCACCGCAGGGACCUGCAGACGGUGCAUCUCACCAAACAGGAGGCCAUGCUGGAAGUCAAAGACCUGUUGAAGCACUUGGAUGACAUGCUGUCCUCUGCCUGCCUGUCAGCAGAAACCUUUUACAGAGUCCUGUACUGGGACGAUCACACUACGUCAUCAAGGUUCUAUGGAGCGAUGUUGAUGUUGGCGUGCCUGCUGUACGCGGCUCCCCUGGGCUGGGUGCUCGCUGGGCUCAACAGCGCCAUCUUCCUGUGGAACAGAGACUUCUGCAGAGUGUUGUUGGACAUCAGAAAACUGCUCUGCUUGGGCCAGGCCUCAGAGGGAAAGUGUGAAGAACAAGAACACGGUAACUUGUUGGAUCGGACCCCCACACCAACUACUCUGGAGGACCUGACUCCUGGCAGUGUGGAGGAAGCUGAGGAAGCAGAGCCUGAUGAUGAGUUUAAGGAUGCCAUUGAGGAACACUCAGUUUCCCUGCAGGAAACCCCUCUGGUCUUAGUGGAGGAUGAUGACGGGCCUCUGGGAGCUCCAGAGUAUGACACCAUCUCUGAAAAUGGUCUCUUGAGCCGCAACGAGCCAAUACGCAGCAAGGUGUCUAAACUGACUGAGAAACUGCGCAAACGCUACCCCACCACCUGCACAGGCAACUGUUCUAGCUGCAAUGCUGUCUUCUCUGUGCUGAAGAAAAGGAGGAGCUGUAGUAACUGUGGCAACAGCUUCUGUUCCCGUUGCUGUUCCUUCAAGGUGCUGAGAUCUUGCAUGGGAGCUACAGGUGAGAAGGGAAAAUCUCCAGAGGCCCAGAGAGAGACUGUGUUUGUUUGUGCUGCCUGUAAUUCCUCUCUCAUCAAGUUACAAUGAGAUGUCAGUCUCCCAGUGGUCGGCUGGAAGCCAUGCACUGUUUGCCCCCCCCCCCGAGCCCUCCUCCAAGUUACUGAAACCCUAAUGCCUUUAUUUUCAAGUUAAGGCACUCAUAUUUGUCAAGGAACCCCCUUUUGCCCAUCAGCAGUUCCACCCCUUCUUAGCUGCUUGUGUUGCUUAUGGGACAUUUUCUGUAAUAUGUUGUAAAAUGUUCACUGUAAAUGGCAAACUGGACCUUUAUGAAUCAAUGAAACUUGCUACAGAGCACAAUGGCUGCAAAAUCAAAUGACGCUUCCCUUUGCUGAGCAGAGGGAAGUGCAGAGCGGAGGCCAGAAUUGGGCUAGUGGUGUAGGGUUGAUAGGCUGAUAAUGGGUUCGCUUUUAGAUGCUUUGCCUCGCCACAGAGUUACUUCCACUCGAAUGUUGAUAUCUUCAGCCCUUUGUAGCAGUUUAACUUUACUGUAAUUAUGGGGGAGACUUUUCUCUAUGAACAAGGCUAAGGCUAGCGGGAUGCAUGUGUCAGUGUGAGCAAAGUCUGAAUGUGGUCUGUUCAGAUGAACAAAAUAAUGGGCUGUACGAGCAAAUGAAGCUCAAUAUUUGGUUUUAAUUGUGUGUGCUGUCCAUCAAUGCACUUUCACUUUCAUCAACAUAGUCAUGGGAUUAUUUUCUUGGUAUCAGUUAGAGGAGCUUACAACACAUACAAGGAAUAAAUAUGGCAUGCCAUAAAACUAAGGCUGGAUGACAAUUGUAUAUCACAGUAUUUUUGACCAAAUAACUAUAAAUAUUGUGAUGAUAUUAUAGGAUUAACCAUCAAUGCUCUCACAAAAUGUUUAAACAAUGAGCAUAUUGAUCAAUAAUCAUCAGUAAUGUUAAUUUAAUGACCAAGUGGGCAAAGGCAAAUAAAAAAAACUAGUUGGUAAAUUCAGAUCAUUAGAUCAGAUCAGCUGUAAUGCAACCUUUAAAAAGGGAAAUGACAAAGCUCUAAUUAAUAUGUAUUAAUAUAUUGCCCAGCCUGACAUACAAUAAUGGUCAAUCUAUGGUGGUAAACUGAAAUUGCAUGGCCUGCAGGAGUGAAUCACAUAACUUUGGUGACAAGUUGCCAGUGACUAGGUUGUGAUGUUGUUAAGUGGUCCAGCUUGGUCUACUUGUAACGAUUGAAUUGGAGCUUCAUUUUGGUCAUCAUUUUCGCUGCAAUGUCAUGUCAGAUUUUGGGGGUAUAGCAGCAUCCUUUAAGUCAAAACUGCUCGAAGAUCCAUUAACCUUGGGCUUUUCCUCCAACCGGAUAAAAGUCGACCCAACUGGAUUGAAGUUGAAUAAACGGACUGAGCAGCCAGCUGAAAUCAUCGUGAGGCCUCACACUCUUGAAAGCGGGACUUAAAAGAAUUGAUGUGGAGGCGUUAUUACCCAAAAUGCAGAUUGUGGUUAAAAAUGUUUUAAUCAUGAUGCAGACACAGAUGAUUGUAAGAGUUUGCUUUGCUUUUAUUGUAAUCAUAAAAAUUGUUACUAUACAUUGUUCUACUAUAUCUAAUAUAUAUUUAAUUUAAAGCUCCAGAAAGUGCAAGUUAUUAUUUGACCUAAUGAUUAAGUAUGUAUAUAUUGCCCUUAUUUUAUGGAUGAGAUGUCAUUAUUAAAAAAUAAAGUCUGUGAUGAUUUCAAUAAGGUAA